AUGCCGAGAGCCGAUUCGUUGCGGAUCAAACUCGACACCCGUAGUUUGCCCUUUCUAGCCGGAAAAAUGACGUUAAUGGCAGCCUUCGGUUGUGGCCUGAUCGCCUUUGGCCCGGUUGGAGUCCUCUUCUUCCUCAUCGUCGCUCGCAAUCCCCUCCAGGUCAUCCUUUUUACCCUUAGGCAAGUUUGCUAUUAUCAACCCGUCUGGUGCCUUCAUGAUUUCGACUACUGUCACGCCAAACCACACUGCAACACCCGAUUCACCACCGUUUUUGUCGUCUGUAGUGCGUUCUUCUGGCUGGUCGGACUGCUGUUAUCGUCCGUGCUGUGGUUCGCCGUGGUGCCACUGCGUGACCAACUUGCCUUCGGUCUGGUCUUCGCGUGCCUCCUACAGGAGGUCAUGCGUUUCCUCUUCUACUUCCUCAUUUCCAAAGCCGAGUCCGGUCUCAUGAAGAUGGUCGAAUCGGAGACUCGAGAGGCCGCUGGCGACUCGAGUUCCACGAGCGGCUCUGAUCUCUUACCGUCUGCCGUGAAACACGCUUCCAUCUUCGACUAUCGUGCCCUCGCCUUUACCUCGGGUCUGAGUUUUGGUCUGAUGGGCGCUGUCAUCGAGUACGUGUACAUCCUCUACGACGUCGUUGGUCCUGGAACCCUUUUGAAGGGUCCAAAUCCUGGCGCCUACUUUACCCUCGCCGCCCUGGACUCGUGCUUCAUGGGUCUUCUCCAGGUCGCAUGGUCGGUCAUUCUCUUCCGAGCCUACACCCUUCGACGCUACCUCGAUAUUGCGGCAGUCGUGGCCUUCCACGUGCUUCUAUCGGCCCUCGUGAGUUCGACACGCAUUGAAAUCGGAUUUUAA